UACUAAAGUUCUAACUACACACAGCGAGGGACAGUGUACAUUAAAUGGAUGCAUCUCUGUCACUUCUGUGUCGUUUCUGUUUGUCCUUGUUAGAAACAUUUAUACAUUUCAAAGGAUUUAAGAGAGAAGACAAACGUGAGCUUUGCUGGGACUGGACGGGAGAGAAACUGAUUUACUAACUGAUCUAUCUAUCUAAUAUAACAACCAUGAUUACCCUUAUCAUAAAGUAUCUAACGUCCAAAAAGCAGAUCUAUUCAUCAGUGUUCUACACAUAUAUUUUCUGUUUUGAUGAAUCGAUUGCUAAAAAAAAACCCGCAGUAGAGAGUCGAGAACAAAAGAUAUCAGAGAAGAAAGAUGUAUAUUUUAAAGGGUUGUGUCACUUCCUCCUUCCUCUCUCCCACAUCCGGUGAGGGGACAACAACGGAGCGUCGUCCUCCGCUCUGAUUGGUCCGCUUGCUCUAACAACGGCGCUGAUUGGCUGAAAUAUUGCCGCUCCGGAGCUUCUAUUUUGAACAUAAAUACGUGCUGCUGCAGUCCUUUUUUUCUCAGAAACCAGGGGGCUGUCAGAGAGGGAGUUCGCGCUGCUGCAGCUCUCUGACACACACAACAGCGAUGUGGCUUUAGCAAUUAGAAGAACCAACAUCCAAAUUUUACUCCGUGCGAAACCACUUCCAGCCGGUGUUUCGGAUCCUACAUUUGGAAAUGUUUUCUUAAAUUGUUCCUAGCUAACUGGUUAGCUUCCGGGUUAGCUUGAAGUUUGGACCGUCUUGCUAAUUCGUGCCUUUCCAUCCCCAAAUCCCAACCAAAUCUUGCGCAGAGCGAUACCGUCUGCAGGAUUUAAACCCAUCGCACGUGAAAAGAUGGAGUCGGAUGAUGUUUUUGUCCCAACUAGUCCUGUUAGCGCUGUUUUGAAAAGAAGGCCCGACGGGAUCCCCGGGCUUUCCUCGCUCUUUCUCCCCGAGAUGAGCACAAAGAACUCCCACUGCAGGGACCUGUUCUCCCCCGGACCCGCCGCUGUGCUGUCUCCGGUCACCAAUCUGGCCCUGGACAUGAACAACUUGGCCGUACUCGGAAGCCAAUGCGAUACCCCGAAAAGGAGAAAGCAUGCUCGCCUUGAUAAGAUUCCCUCCUUCGCUUCCGACGUCUCCUCUGAUGCUGGCCUCGGCAUGGACUCCCCCAGCCCCAUGGAUGCUGUUGAAAUGGACGACUCGUUUGAAAAAGCCAUUCAACAUUCGAGCCGCGUUGUCAACGAGAGGAUGCCAAUUAGAAGAAUCAACUCAUUGCCACUGCAGCUCCAGUGCUUUAGUCCAUCUCUAAAAGGACAGGAAACCGAUUCCCACCGCUAUGGAAUAUUUGGCCAGCCGCCCUCCAGAAUGUCGGCCGCCUCCGGCCCUCGUUGCGAGAACAAGGAAAACCUGCCUGAGGAGGGCUUUGAAUUCAAGAAACCAACCAAGCCGGUGUCCCGCUGUCGCGUUCGCUCCUUCAACGGCAGUCGCUCCAAGGACGCGUUUGCCCGCCGCCCCAGCUCGGCGCCGGCCCUCAUGUUCUCGCCGCCUCCUCCGAUGCAGCCGCUCGACUUUGACUCCAGCCCCGUGUUCGUGCGGCGCCCGUCGCUUCUAGACGACGAGGACGACGGCUUCCUGGAGGCCCUGGACGACAACAUGGAGAACGACUCGGGGAUGCCGAUGGGGAUGGCGAGCCUGCUCACGGCGCCGCUGGUGACCGACGGCUCGGGAGAAGAUUCUCCGGUGAUCCACUGCCGGCCGCGCAGCCUGUUCCGUUCCCCCUCGGCGCCCGGCCCGCUGCCGUGCCGCCCCGGCGCCAAGCGCCCCGACCACCCCGGGGACGAGAACACGCCGGUGCGGGUGAAGAGGCGACGCAGCGUGGCGGGAUCGCAGGUCACCACCGUGGAACAGAACCCCGAAUCCCCGAGACCGAGCUGCUCGCUGCUGCAGAGGUCCAAGUCCUUCUGCCCGACGGACAUCAUCGAGAAGCUGCUGGACGGCGAGGACGGCUCCACCGAGCUGAUCGGGGAUUUCACCAAGCCCUUUGUGCUGCCCACAGUGGAAGGAAAACACCAAGACCUCAAGUACAUCACUCCGGACACGAUGGUGGCGGCUCUGUCCUGUCAGUUUGACCAGCUGGUGGACCAGGUGAUCGUCAUGGACUGCCGUUACCCCUACGAGUUUGACGGGGGACACAUCAAGGGCGCUCUGAACCUCCACCAGGAGGACCAGGUGGAGGACUUCCUCCUCAAAACGCCCAUCGUCCCGUCCUGCCCGGACAAGCGCGUCGUCAUCAUCUUCCACUGCGAGUUCUCGUCGGAGCGCGGCCCCCGGAUGUGCCGCUUCGUGCGCGAGCGGGACCGCGCCGUCAACGAGUACCCGGUCCUCCACUACCCCGAGCUCUACAUCCUCAAGGGCGGCUACAAGGACUUCUUCCCCCAUUUCCAGUCUCAGUGUGAGCCUCAGGCCUACAGGCCCAUGCACCACGAGGACUUCAAGGAGGACCUGAGGAAGUUUCGCCUCAAGAGUCGCACCUGGGCCGGCGAGCGCAGCAAGCGGGACAUGUACAGCCGGCUGAAGAAGCUUUGAGCGCCUCGUACACACUGCCCCCCCCCCCCUCACCCUCACCCUGAACUACUCCCACCCCACACACUGCCCCCCCCCCCCCUCACCCUCACCCUGAACUACUCCCACCCCACCGAUGAGGAAAUUCUUUCUGGCGUUGUGCCACCAGAAGGGGAUUUCGUGAAGGCCCUAAAAGUUUCAUUUAACUAUAGCAAAGUUAUUUAUGCAAAUCUCAGAGCGGGGACAGAAUGGGCGGAGCCUGAAAUGGUUGCCGAGGUGACCUCAUGCGCUCGCUUUUAAGAACCACUUGGACCUACUUUUUGAUAUUCUGCUGGGGUUUGCAGCACGAAUCACUGCCACAUUGCAAUAAUACAACCAAGGUUGUCCUUCUGUGUCCCCACUGGAUCUCUUGUCCCUGUCCCACCUUUUUAUGGAAGCACUUAAUUUAAAUACCCUUAUAAAAUGGUGAGGUGCUUUCUUUUUUUUCCUUUUUUUGAUACUGCUUUUAUAUAAAUAUAUUUUAAUGAACUGUUUUCCCCAUUUUAGACAUUGAUCUGUACGCCUUUUCUAGGCGUCCCAAAAUGCAAAUUGGCUACUUUGAUGACAAUUGGCUUUUUUCCUUCUACUUCCUAAACAGUUGCAAUGCAUGGCCUUAGUUUUUCUCCCUCAGAAGAUGCCAAAGCCAAAACGUACUACCUGUUAACUGCACAGUGAGAUGUUUCUGAUGCUGCAGGUCAGCAAGCGUGAGGAGUUUUGCUCUUUGUUCGCAUUGAUUCCUCCUUUUUUAAAUCUUCCCAGACAAACAUGUCUUCCCCCUCUAAUGAUGUCAGUUUAUAACGAAUGGGGUGGUUUGAAUAUUUUGCUACGAGCUCGUGGGGGAGCUGUUGAAAUAAAGAGCCAAUGUGUGUUCAACUGUGACGUCAAGCAUCUUUUUCUCUUUGGUUGUCAGAUCUGUUUUACAUAGAGAUGUGGAUGGUUAUUUUAUCCAAUAUCUUACUUCAGGACU